GGAACCAAGGAGGUCGCACAAAAACAGCUGAAGGACAUCUUGGCAAUGAACGUUGGCGGAAGUGUACGAGCUGCACAUGUUUCUGGUCAGCCAACUGCAGCUCCAGGAGCUCCCGCAGGAGCAAUGAUGGGCCCAAUGGGGGGUGCGCGACCUGGACCCAUGCCAGGCCCACAAAAUGCGGCUUAUCCUGGUGGUCCUGGUGGACCAGGUGGUGCACCAGGUGUCCCGCAGCACUCAACUUUCAACAAAUUUUUGCAGGUAAUUGAAAUGUUUAGGACUAGGGCUAGUCUUACAAGGGAACAUGUGUAA